CAACCGCUGUUUCUCAGCUGAUAUGAGGCGUCCACUCCGCUGCAGCCUCCUCAGUUAGGACUUGCCAGGACAGAAGCCCACCGCCUCAGUUUGCAGAGAGGUGCUUCGCGUUAGUGAUCAAAGAUCCAAGAUGUUGGACAACGAAGACGUUUUGUUAGAGAACCACCCGCGGGAGCUCACCCAGAACCCUCUGAAGAAGAUCUGGAUGCCGCAUAAGAACGGCCACAUUGCGCACAGACGGGUAUGCAUGACAAACUGCCCGACGCUCAUUGUGACCGUCGGACUUCCUGCCCGAGGAAAGACGUACAUCUCAAAAAAGCUCACUCGCUACUUGAACUGGAUAGGCGUGCCAACCAAAGAGUUCAACGUCGGGGACUACCGGAGAGAGUGUCUGAAGAUCUACAAGUCUUUUGAGUUUUUCCGUCCAGAUAACGAAGAGGGCGUUAAAAUCAGACGCCAGUGUGCGAUGUCAGCGCUGAAUGAUGUGCGGCAGUACCUGAGCGUUGAAGGAGGACAGGUUGCUGUGUUUGAUGCCACAAACACGACAAGAGAUAGAAGAGGAACCAUCAUGAAGUUCGCUGAACAGAAUGGGUUCAAAGUGUUUUUUGUGGAGUCUGUGUGUGAAGACCCAGAGGUCAUUGCACAAAACAUUGUGCAAGUAAAGCUGGAAAACCCAGACUACAUGAACUGCAGUUCAGAAGAGGCCAUCGAAGAUUUCAUGGAGAGAAUAAAGUGUUACGAGACCUCCUACCAGCCUCUGGAUGAGGAUCUGGACAGCGACGUGUCUUACAUAAAGAUCAUGGAUGUAGGCCGUCGGUACCUGGUGAACCGUGUUGUUGACCACAUCCAGAGCCGAAUUGUCUACUACCUGAUGAAUAUCCACAUCACUCCACGCUCCAUCUACCUCUGUCGCCAUGGUGAGAGUGACCUCAACAUCAAGGGACGCAUUGGAGGAGACUCUGGCUUGUCCGGCAGGGGGAAAGAGUUUGCCAAACGCUUAAGGAAUUUCCUUGAAGAGCAGAACAUCAAGGAUCUGAAGAUUUGGACCAGCCAGAUGAAGAGAACCAUCCAGACAGCAGAGUGCCUUGGAGUUCCAUAUGAACAGUGGAAAUCUCUCAAUGAGAUUGAUGCUGGUGUGUGUGAAGAAAUGAUGUAUGAGGAGAUCCAGGAGCAUUUUCCUCUGGAGUUCGCGCUGAGAGACCAAGACAAAUACCGCUACCGCUAUCCUAAAGGAGAGUCGUACGAAGACCUGGUGCAGCGGCUGGAGCCUGUCAUCAUGGAGCUGGAGAGACAGGAGAAUGUCCUGGUGAUUUGUCACCAGGCCAUCAUGCGCUGUCUGCUGGCAUAUUUCCUGGACAAGACUUCACACGAGUUGCCUUAUCUCAAGUGUCCCCUGCAUACCGUGCUGAAGUUGACACCAGUUGCUUAUGGAUGUAAAGUGGAGUCUGUGUAUUUAGGAGUGGAGUCUGUGAACACACACAGAGACAGGCCAGAGAAUGUGAAUGUGCAACGCAGCACUGAAGACGCUCUGCAGACAGUUCCAGCUCACCUCUGAUUUAUGAGAUUCCUGCUCCAGUUGAGACCUCGUCUGGUUCUCUCAGGCCUUUUUGGUAUAAAUGAUGCCUACUCUGCAGCUUCGACUCGUGCAGUACUUUUAAUUUCUGUGGGGAGAAACCUAUUCCCGAUAAGUGGGUUCACUAGUACUGGUGCUAAAAUGAUCUUAGAGCUCAGAAUCAUCUGUGACUGUAGUACGGAGUCCUGUCUGUAUUGUCAUGUGCUUCUGUAUAUUUGGAAGAUGUUUUAAAAUCAACUGAGAAACAAAACUACAGAAAAACCUCACAACACUGUGUUCUGCUAAGAAAUGUUUUUUUGUAAAUCAUUGUUUUAUUUUUACUUACUGUUAUAUUUUAUACAAAAGCUAAAAAAGGAAACAUGCAUCAAGGACUAACAGCACCAGAUAAACCAUAUGCAUUCCAGUAAUGAAGACUGUUGCCAUAAUCCAUAAUGUGACAACUGCACUAAAAUCAGGAAGGACUUUGACUAAAGUGAUGACAUAUCUACAGUCCUAUUCCUCGUACCCACCAUCAGUAAAUUAUUAGCUACAGCAACAAAGGCCUGUUUUCUGAAUGGAGGUAUGAAGUUUGGUGCCGUGGAAGCUGUAGAUGUACGUCUCUACGUUAUAACUACCUGGUAUUAAACACAUUGUAUAUAAUUGUGCUGCAUACUGAGCUGGGGGAUUGUAAAUGUUAAAUAAAUAAAUAAAUAAAAAUCA